AUGCCAACAAUAUUUGAAGCUCCAAAUCAAGACAAAAUAAAAUAUAAAGAAAAACAAGCAGAAGUACGAAGAAAAAUCUCUAAGAAGAAGAACUUAUCUAGGAGGAAACAGAAGCAUAGAAAACUGGAAACUGAUAAAAAAUUGAGAAAAGAAAAGAAUAAAGAAGUAAUAUACAACCUGAAGACUGGCAAGAUAUUAGUACAAAAACGUCUUCGAAGGGAAAAGAAAACAAGAAGACGACUGCAAGAAAAACUAGACUUAGAAAACAAAAGACGAGGACAACUUGAAGAAGCUCUUAGAACUGCAGGAGCACCUGAACAAAUUAAUUUAAUUAAUGAUAAAACUGCAGAAAGGCGUUUAAAAGAAAAUACUAAGAAACGCAAGUGCACUCCCCAAGCUAGGAAAAGAAAUAUUAAACAAUUUCAAAGAAAUUCUGGAAAAGAAUACGCAACUAGUAGUGGUAAAACUAUUGUAGCAAAGAAACAAGGGUCUAGGUAAAAACUUUCCCAGAUGGAGCAAAAACCAACUUCAAGUAAUCAAUUACCUCCUACUAGCACAUCUUCGAGCACCACAUCCAAUCAUGCUCCAAACAACUCACCUCAUUUACCACCUCCAGUUCCCGAUCGUCCUGAACGGCUUCCGGAACAACGUCCAGUAGAGAGAAUAAAACAAGAACGAGAAGAUCCACCGGGGACAAAUUAUGGUCAACAACCACCAAGAGAAAUGAGGGAACCACCUCCACAACCUCCUAUACCUCAAGAUAAUAAACACUGGGGGUAUACCGGUAUUGAGCUUAUGAAUACCGGUGCUGCGUUUUGGCAAAAUUAUUCUGAUUCUUUGGCUCAAGAGCUUGAAAUGGAAAGAAAAUCAAGACAGCAACAGGUGGAGCGAGAGGUAAAGUCACCCUUGCAGGAUAGAUCCGGAUAUUACAAAAACUCGGUUAUGUUUACAAGUAGUGCUACAUAA